GUAUCUCUUUAUCCUGUGGAAACUUAGGGUUUCUGUUUCAUUUUGAAAUUUGGGGAAAAUCUCUGGUUAAGAUGUGUCUCUUUGUCUAGAUUCGUGUAAGAAAUCACCCACUCGCGAUCCCAAGUUGCAAUCUUUCUUCUUUUUUAGCUCAGCGUUACUUCUUUGCUCACCUCUAGAAAUGGCCUGUCUUCGUAGCUUAUCAAGGAGAAGUCUUUACCCAAAUUUGUUAUGCUACAUGACCUCAAGACCUGUUGUUCUUCAUCAUCAUAUCAAAGAUUUUACUGAACCCACUUUCCCAGAUUCAAGUCUUCUGAUUCGUAGCUUUCACAGGCAUGUUUUCUUUGAAGAUACAAGGAAAAUGUCUUUUGUUCAAUUAGUGGGGUUUUCUGGAGUAUCGCUAUGUAGACAGAUGUCUUCUAAACCAGAAGAAUUGUGUUCAAAGAUUGAUGCUUUUGGAAAUGUUGUUGAAGAAUCUGUGGAAGCAAUUGUCACUAAUGUCGCCACUAUAGAUGAGUGUACUGCUAUAACUGAGAGUGUUUUUUCCCCUGAGGGAUUCGUGCAGUAUGUGAUUAAUGGAAUCCACGAGCUCACUGGCUUCAAUUGGUGGAUGUCAAUUGUUCUUACAGCUUUUCUUGUUACUGUACUGAUGUCACCAGUCUCUAUGCGGGUUCAGAAUCUAGCUCUGGAGCUACAAAGUCUGAUUAGGUCCAUGGAGAACGUGAAGAGAAUUAAAAAGAUUCGAAGACGGUUGCUUGCAUUACUUUGCUCUACUUGUUCCUGAUGCAUUCGUCUACAUCAGCUUCAUGAGUGGGAUAACGACCAUGGCUAAGAAAAUCCCUGAACUUUUAACUCCAGACAGCCUAUACAUCUUGCCUAUACUGGCAGGCUUCACUUUCUGGUUCUCAUCAGAGGUCCACAAUCAGCGGGCAAAUCUUUUAUCGAGCAUGAAGAGACUUGCUAUAUUUCCCAUUAUCUUUGUUGUGCUCCAAGCUACCUUUAAAUUUGAACCGGUAAAGCUGGACCUUUUUUUUGAGCUUUGAUCUUAAAC